AUGUGGUGUUUGUUUUUAAUUUUAAUCAAUAUUUUACGAAUAAAGGGUGGUUCACAAUUUAGUAAUUGCCUAGGUAAUUUAAAUUAUCAAGGAAUUAUUGACUAUACUAAGAACGAUCCUGGAAUAUAUAAUUAUGGAUUCACUUAUGGUUGUUAUAAUGGCAAAUGUUCUGGAUUUCCCAAUCCUUUCUCCGAAUUGGAUAUAACUUUUCAGUGCGUUAAUAUGAGUCGAUCGACUUUUUGCAUUACUACCGGUUCCAGUAGGACUGGCGCAUAUGGAGGUUUAUGUGGAGGAAUAGUGGGUAAUACAAUAGCAACUAAUUUUUCGAAUGCGAAUGACUCAAAUAGGUGUCCUUCUCUUGAUGCUGUAGCUAAUGCACUAUCGAUUGGUCCGACUACUGAUAUGGCUUUCACCUGGUUAUGUUGUGAUAAUUCUUUAAAUAGUUGUAGACCACUAAGUAAUGUCCCGGUAAAUAAUGGUUGGGCAACAACAAACUGCGGUCAUGGUAUCUCAUUCAACAGUUUAAUGUGUUUCGCUGAUAAUGGCGGUUGGUCAUGCGCUGGUGGUCAGGACAAUGUAGUGGCUGUCAACAAAAAACCGGUAUUUUCUAUAUAUACGGGUAUUAGCUCAUCUAGCAUUAAUAGAUGCGCGUUACAACUGGAAGGAAUAGG